AUGAAGCUCUCUCUGUCUGUGGGAUUAUUGUCGUGCGUGUUGGCUGUCGCAGGUGCUGCGACGGUCGAAAAGCGUGCCACUGGUGGAUACAUACAGAACCCUAGCGGGACCGCGUCUUUCACGAUGUACACAGGCUGCGGGAGCCCAGCAUGCGGGAAGGCAGCAUCAGGGUUUACUGCAGCUAUACACCAGCUCUCUUUCGGUUCUGGUCCUGGACUAGGGCCCGGAGAUGCAUGCGGACGAUGCUUUGCAGUCACGGGGAGUGCCGAUCCGUACUCGCCCGCGUUUACUGGUCCAUUCAAGACUAUCGUUGUGAAAGUGACGGACCUGUGCCCACAGGCUGGAAAUGAAGAGUGGUGUGGACAGACCACCUCAAACCCGACAAACCAACAUGGGAUGUCCGCCCACUUUGACCUCUGCGAGGACGACGGCGCAGCAAACGCAUUCUUCCCAUCAGGUCACGGCGCACUCACCGGAACGUUCCAAGAGGUCUCAUGCAGUCAAUGGUCUGGUUCCGACGGGGGACCUCUUUGGAACGGUGCCUGUCUCUCCGGAGAAACUGCUGGCAACUGGCCUUCAGUCGGAUGCGGAAACCAAGGUACAGCACCAUCUUGA